ACAAUUUUUUUUAAAUAAAUAAAUAAUAAUAACAACAGGGUCCGGUCCUCGUGUUACCCACAACGGUAAACGUCUAGACCGCACGGUUCCGUCGGGACGGACCACGGACUGCCCAGUGGGGGGGUAGGUGCGCACCUCGGCAGGCUAAACGCGAACCUCCCUCUCCCUCUCCCUCUCCCUCUCCCUCUCUUCUCUCGCUUUCUCUGUAUAUAAGUUGGCUUUGGCGACACGGAAGAAACCACGCCCAUUUCUUACUCCUACUUCUCUCUCACUCUACUUUCGCCCGCUACUUUCUCCUUCCACAGAUAUUGCAUGGCCGCCAAUUCGCAGAGUCGGGGACUGGCGAGUUUCGGGAAGCGAUUCGUGAACCAGAUCCGGAGCGGCAACUCGCGCGAUCCGACUCGGCUUGCCCCCGUCUCCGCCUCUGCUCAUAGUACCACUGUUAGGAGGACUGUCCACUUCUCUGCCUACGACAAGAACCUGGACGAUCAAAUCCGCCCAACCAUCGUCCCGGAUGAUGUGAUCCAGCCUGGGCAACCUGAAAAGUACUGGGCCCCGCACCCUCAGACCGGGGUCUUUGGCCCUGCCCACACCGAGCAGGUUCCGGUGGCGGGUGGGGGCAGCAGUGAGCGUGGCAUCCACAGCUCUCUGGGGAAGGCAAAAGGUGGCGAGGACUCGGUGCUGGAGCAGAGUGCCUGGUUCCGCCCCCUCGAGGAUUUGGAAAAGCCUCAGCAACCCUGAGAAUAUUUUUAAGGUAUAAACCGUUUCUCAACAAGAUCGACUACUAUAGAACUUACGAUUUUGAGGAGAUCAACGGUUAAUUAGCUAGUUUAGAGCAGAGCAGUGCUAAUUAAAUAAACACUUAAUUCUGUAUGUACGAAUGCACGUAUUCUGUAUGAACCUGGUCUGCUCGUACCGAGUACUAUUGGGUCAAGUAUAUGUAUGGCAUGUAUAUGGAAUUUAGCUGGGUCUUGAAUGUAUUAUGCGAGGAGCUGAGAUCAGGUGGUCUGGUCAUUGUGUAUGUAUGGCUGUAUUUUGUGCUUCUCAUGAUGAGUUGCUCAACUAUGGUAAUGCGUAUGUACGUUUUGGUAA